GUAAUCUUAUUUCAAGUGUGUGUUUUUAGUAUAUAACGUUUUGUGUUUUUCAUUUAAUUUUCUCAGUGAAGAAAAUUUUUUCUUUUAUGCACCCAGAAAAUGACCGCAGAGAACGAAAGGGAAAUAUAUCACAAAUUAGAAGCAAUGAAAGAGAUCAGAAACAAAACAAUUACUUUAGAGCGUUUGAAGCGCAGCAUUUUAAAUGAAGUUCGUAGUGGUGACCAGGAAGGGCGCUGCCUCGCUCAAUACAAAAGAGAAAUGGAGUUGCUGCAACAAGAGAAGAUGAGCCACGUUGAAGAACUGAGACAAAUUCAUGCUGACAUAAAUGCUAUGGAGACAGUCAUAAAGCAGACAGAGGAGAGCAUGUCUCGCAAGCUGUCAAAUGCAUCUCGACUGCACGAGGACUAUCGGCCGCUAAAGACCGAGGUGGAUCUGCUCCGGCGACAAUGCCUCGGCCUGGACCGGCUACCCGACCUGCACGAGGAGGAGGGCAGCCCGAUAACGCCCGACCGCUUCCCGGCGCCGGCGGCGCGCGCGGGCGGCGCGGGCGGCGCGGGCGGCGCGGGCGCGCUCGCGGCGGCCGCCUUCCUGGCGCCGGCGCCGCGCAAGCCGCCGCCGCCGCCGCCCGCGUUCAGGUCUGCUCUCGACCGAGAUUUCCUUACCGUCUCGCUGAGACAGCAGCCGCCGCCGAUGAAGUCGUGCCUGUCGUGUCACCAGCAGAUCCACCGCAACGCGCCCAUCUGCCCGCUCUGCAAGGCUAAGAGUCGCUCCCGGAACCCCAAGAAGCCCAAGAAGAAAUAGUCCAGCCCCACUAGCUGGCGCUCUCUCCUCGUACAUCCCACCUCGUGUUAUUGGAUACCUGGUUAUUAAGAAACAGGUCCUUUAUCGUUUAAUAAGCUCACUCUUAGUGAUCUGAGCUUUAAAUAUGAUUUAAUUAUUUAUUUUUCUAAUUUUCUACCUAUAAAUGUACACGAUGACCCUUCACCAGCACUUCUUAAUAUUUGAAUAUAAUUAUAUAAUGGAUGUUGUUACGUUGAGUGAUUAUAUUUUAAGCUUAAUAUUAGUACAUAGAUCUUGAUGGUUGUAAAUAUAAGUAUUAUAUAUUUAUUAGUCGGUGUUUCGUCUAGUGUAAGAACGAGCUACGCCGUCGUAAUGGAGGUGUUUAAAAUAGAUUGUGCCAAAUGGAACUGUAAAUAUUAACUUAGGUGUAGUUGUUUAUUGUUAACUAUAGGAAGGUUGUACUUAAGAAAUUAAUGUUGUACAAUGUGCCGAGUCAUUGCUGCUAAGUAUGUACUUUAAGAGAUCGGAUAAUAUCUGGAGUGAUACGAACACGCUCAAUGACCGAAUAUGAAUUAAAACUUAAAUAAAUCAUUUAAAGGCCUGAUUUUUCAGUUGUUCUACAAUUUUCCACUGGUGAUUGAAAAAUCGUCUAAAGUUGUGUCAAUGUUUAGGAGAUAUGGAGAAGUCUUGUGGCAGGCGGUCCUUAGUUUUAUAAAAUUGUAUUGUAUAUAUAACUAUCUAAAUUAUAUUUCUAUAAUGUUUGUGAUAGAUGUACAUGUGUUAUUGUCGGCGGGUCAGUCACGUGUCCCCUGUAAAUAACCUCAUACUGUCGCUGUGAAUAUCAUUUGUUUUUACAAUAUACAAUUAUCGUGUCAA